AUGGCAGCAUUUCCGCAAGGAUACCAUGCUCCUCCAUUCCACCCCUGCGCACAUCUGCUAACGAGUCAUGUUUACCAGCCCCAACCAAAAAAGCCUCUGAUUGAGAAGACCAAGGAAAUCCGGAACCAGCUGAAGUCGCUGACGACACACGAGGAGGUCUGGAACGUACCCAACGUCCUCACCUUCUCGCGACUCAUAGCAGCCCCUGCCGUGGGCUAUCUUAUUCUGCACGACCACCAUGCCUGGGCUCUGGGCCUCUUCGCCUACGCCGGCAUCACCGACCUCCUCGAUGGAUGGAUCGCUCGUCGAUGGAAGUUGCAGACGGUCGUCGGCAGCGUCGUCGAUCCCAUGGCCGACAAGCUCUUGAUGGCCAUCACCGUUGGUUGCCUUGCAGCCAAGGGAGCUUUGCCCGGUUCCCUCGCCAUCUUGAUCUUCGGUCGCGACGCCGCCCUCGCCAUUGCUGCCAUCUACUUCCGCUACGCCUCGCUGCCCUCGCCCAAGACGUUCGCUCGUUACUGGGAUUUCUCGUUGCCGUCCGCUGAGGUCCACCCGACGACGGUAUCCAAGUUCAACACCUUCCUCCAGCUUGCCCUGAUCGGAUUGACUCUUCUCUUCCCUGUCCUUGCGUCCUCCUCUACCCGUGAUGCGCUCGCCGACCCCGCCUCCUCAAAUUCUUUUGCCACAGAAGGAAGUCGAUCCGGUUCCGCUGACGCCUCUGGAUCUCCCUUCACCCCAACUCCCCCUUCCACCACCACUGGACCCACCGCAACCUCAACCACAGCCGACCCGACUCAAGGUGAAUCCAGAAAACCAAUCCUCCCCUCAGCCAUCUACAAAGCCACGGACGCAGGAACACUCUCCUCCGCCGUGACCGCCUUGCAGAUUCUUGUCGGUGUUACCACGGUGUGGAGUGGUUUCAGUUAUGCCGUCCUCAAAAAUGCGGUGACUAUUUUAGGAUCCAACGAGGCGCUGAAAAAGCGGCAAGGCGCAAGAGGGAGGGCGAUCAUCGGGGCAAGUUUUGGAUUGGUAUGUCUCGGUGCCGCUUGGUGGGCUGUCAGGGCGCAGCAACUCAACGAAGAAAGGAACGAUCAGGCACAAUGA